AUGGAUCCACCAGGUCCAUCCACCAGUAAUCAAGAUCCUCGCUAUGAUUUUAUAGGUUCAUACGUUGUAAAAUCUCUAAAGUUGAAACCUGAAAAAUGGAUGCGAGUACUAAGCGUUGAAGAACACAGAUCGACACUCAAAGAUUUUAUAGACAAACCAUAUCCAAUUUUGCUUGUAGUUGUUUUAACUCACGCGGCCCAAUUGGUCCCCGUUAUAUCAUUUCCAUGUUAUUUGAAGAACAAAGCUGUUUUCUUCGUUAAAAAGCGACCUGAUGUGGUCCCUAAAGAAAAAUGCGCUGAAAUGGUUAUUUUUGGAGACCUAGCUCCAAGGUUGAUAGAUGAAUUGGCUGCAUUAGUAGAUGAAGUAUUUGUGCCCCUACUUUCAAACCCUCUUAACCACGAAGGUUGGCCACUUGUUGUUUCUCAAGAUAUUCUUAAGCAAAUACAUAAUCUUAAAAGCACUGUAUACGAGGUGAAAGGCAAAGUUAACGGACAAACUGUUCUACCAAUGCCGGUGGGAGUUGAAUUAGUUUACGAGGCUGAAAAGGGAUUGUUGCGAGGAGAGGAAGUCGAUUUGUAUUUAAAGAGUGCUAUAGAAGGAGUUGUCAUUAAGUGGGCACAACAGAUUAAUGAUGUGAUGAUGGAAGACUCGGCUCUUGCUUUUGAAAAUGGACAGAAUCCCUUGCCUUGUGUCGAACUAGCAUUUUGGAAGUCCCGAUUGAGCAAUCUGAACUACAUUUACGAUCAACUGCGCACUGACAGAGUGCGAUGUAUGGCAGUCAUACUUGAAAAAACAACUUCUGCUUAUUAUCCUUGCUUCAGUCGACUUUUUAAGAAUAUUGUUUCAGCUCUAGCUGAAGCUCGUGAAAUCGAUUUGUAUCUCAGGACUCUAGAAAAGCAUUUUCAAGCUUUAGAAGAUACCGACUUUACUGAAUGCCAGCCUCUUUUCCGACCGUUAUUUCACGUUAUUUGUAUGGUUUGGAGAGAUUCAAAAUACUACUGCAGCUCUUCUAAGCUCAUGGUUUUAAUCAAGCAAAUUUGUAAUUUACUAAUAUAUCAGGCGAAAAAAUGUUUAGACCCAAGCACACUGUUUCACAGUGAUAUAGAUGAGGCUCGACUACGUAUUCAGCUUACGAUUGAUAUUUUGAAAAACUUUCGAAAUACUUUUGAAUAUUUCAAGGAAAGAUUACCACAGUAUUUUGUUGACAGAACAGUUAUUCCUUGGACAUUUCAUCCAAACGUAGUUUUUGAGAGGAUGAACAAGUUUCUGGAUAGAUUGAAUACCAUACAAUGGUUUUUUAAAACGGUGCUAGAAUUUCAAAAACUAGAGAAAAUAGAAAUUGGUGGUAUGAAGGGACGUGUACUCGGGGGACAAAUAAGAGACAUAUCGGCUGAAUUCGAUGGAUAUUUUCACAGUUUUGCUUCGAAAUCAUAUGACGUUCUGGAUCCUGAUGACGAAACUUUCAAUGAUGAUUUUAAAGCCUUCCAGGAAAACAUUAUCGAUUUAGACUUCAAAUUAUCCACAGUCUUAGUAGAAUCAUUCGAUAAUUGUUCAACAUUGGAAGGCAUAUUCAAGCUAAUCGAUAUUGUAGGAUCAGUUCUAGAUCGACCGCUUAUUAAAAAUGAAUUCACAGCAAAAUAUGUUGAAAUCAUUGUUAUGCUUGAAGAGGAAAUUAUUACUUGCGAAGAGCUCUUUAAAGAGCAGGUCCAUCGUCUCCAUAAGUAUGGUCAUAUGGAAAUAGAUGCAUUCUUUCCACCUAUAGCUGGAGGACUUCUUUAUAUGACAACCCUCGCGGCGAGAAUUACUAAGCCAGUUUCAUGUUUUAGAAAUUUGCAACACCCGAUAAAGGAGUGUGAAGAAGCAAAAAAAAUAUUUAUACGAUACGAACAACUUAUCAAUGAUAUUAACGAAUUCAAAAGAAAAUACUUCGAUGACUGGGCCGUCGAUUUACCAAAGAUUAUCGAGACAAAAUCACUUAACACAAUAUUAGGUCGCCAAGGAUCUGACUUAGUGCUAAAUUUUAGCCCUACACUUCUCGAACUAAUGAAAGAGGUCCAUCAUCUAAGAAGUAAUCCAGAAUUUCAAAAAGAUUUACCACCUGAAAGCUUAGAAUUAUAUGGAAAACAAGAAAUAUACAGGCAGUAUAGAAUAAAUCUUAAUAAUACAAUCGAUUGGUAUAAUCAAAUACGAAAAAAUAGUCAGAAAGUGGAAUUUGAUUUGGUAGAAGAUGAAAUAAAAGCCAUUGAUCAAAGAAUUGAAAUGGCACAAAAUGAGCUAAACUGGAAUUCUAAAGAUCUGUGGAGCUACUUAGAGGAACUCAAUAGGUUGGUCGGUAAUUUAUUUACACGAAUGUCUAAGAUACAAGAUAAUUUAAAGGAAAUGAGAAGCAUUAUGACCACUUGGGCAACUCAACCACUUUUUGAAAGAAAAGAGGGGAAAAAGGAUACACUGUUGAAUCUAGACGAAUGGCAAGAACGCACGAAUAAACGCUACGGCGAAAUUAAUGAAACUGCUGAUCGUAUAAAUGUUUUAUUGCAUGAAAAUAUGGAAUUGUUUAAUAUGCAGGACAAUCAGGAGAGUGAAAUAUGGUUAUCAUAUGUUGCAUUUAUAGAUGGGCUUAUUGAAGAAACUUUGUUCAAAUCAAUUGCUUGCAGUUUGGGCUAUAUAUCUGAACACAUGAAUCCUAAAAAUAAACUAGCCCCACUAUUUGAGGCGCAAUUAGAACUUUUGGAACCAGACAUGGUUUUCUGUCCAAGCCUCGAUCCUAACGAAGAGAAAGGAUUCACAGCUAUGAUAAACAACCUAAUUGGGGACGUAUUGAAAAUGUCGUCGUUGAUAACAAGAAUAGAUCCAAAGAAGGAGGAUUCUUAUGAAAUGGAAAUUAUUACUCAUGAUGAUAUCGUCGAAAUGAAGGAUGACAUUUUAAACGGAAUCGAAAGAGUUAUAGAAGAAGCAAGUGACUUUUGCAAGACUUUCGAAAAUUAUUCUUACUUAUGGCUAGAAGAACGAGAUGCUAUAAUGGAGAUAUUUUUGACUUAUGGUAGAAUUUUAACACCUGAUGAAAUUGAUCGUAUCGGAUCUGACGAUAAAGAUGUGAUACCACCUGUGCCGUGUGCGCCGAAAAUGGAAGCCUUCAGAGAACAAAUAGAUCAUUAUGAAAAUUUAUUCUUAGAUAUAGAAGACAUGGAUUCUUAUAAAGUAUUUAAUUCGUGGUUUCAGGUCGACAUAAGGCCAUUUCGACAAGCUCUCCUUAACACAGUUCGUAAAUGGGGAAAUAUGUACAAGGAACACUUGGUCGAAAAUGUUACUUCUAGUUUAAGUGAUUUGGGAAAUUUCAUUCGUAAAGCUGAUGAAGGUUUACUUCAACCUGUACCUGAGGGCAAUUACGAGGCUUUGGUGUCAGUUAUGGCGUACUUGAUGCAUGUAAAAGAUCGCGCGCUGACCACUGACGAUAUGUUCCAACCUCUAACGGAAACGAUCGAAUUGCUCAAGUUUUAUGAUAUGGAUAUACCCGAAGAAGUCAACGUGCUUUUACAAGAAUUACCUGAACAAUGGCAAGCAACAAAAAAAUUGGCCAUCACCGUCAAACAACAAGUAGCUCCACUACAAGCGGCUGAAGUAGCUGGUAUUAGGAAGAAAAUCACGACAUUCGACUCGCAUGUCACUUAUUAUAGAGAAGUUUUCAAAAAAUAUGAUUUUUUUAAAUAUGAAUGCGAUGACCCAUACUUGGUGAUGUCGCGUGUGGAUAAAGAGAUGCUGCAUUUGGAAGAAGAGAUGAGAAGUAUACAAGAAUCUGGUUCACUUUUCGAAGUGAACGUACCAGAGUUUAAAUUACUCAAGCAGUGCAGGAAAGAAUUGAGAAUGCUCAAGCAACUGUGGGAUUACGUUUAUAUUGUAAGAACGAGCAUUGAAGACUGGAAGACGACUCCGUGGCGUAAAAUUGACGUUGAAAACAUGGAUAUAGAAUGCAAGAAAUUUGCUAAAGAAAUAAGGUUGUUGGAUAAAGAGAUGCGAAGUUGGGAUACAUAUAUUAAUUUAGAAGCUACAGUGAAAAAUAUGUUGACGUCUCUAAGGGCUGUAGCGGAAUUACAGAAUCCCGCUAUUAGAGAACGACAUUGGGACCAACUUAUGAGGACCACAAAGAGCUUAGCUGCAUUGCCACCUGAACUCACCGUACGAAUUGUCAUGGACACAAACACAACGUUAGCGGACUUGUUGGCUCUAAACCUUCAUGAAUUUGAAGAAGAAGUUAAAAAUAUCGUGGAUAAAGCUGUGAAGGAGAUGUCAAUGGAGAAAAUUUUAAAAGAUUUGCAUACUACCUGGAGUGGGAUGGAGUUUGAGCAAGAAAUGCAUACAAGGACGGGUUGUGUGCUGUUAAGAGCAAGUGAAGAACUUAUAGAGACACUUGAAGAAAAUCAGGUACAACUGCAAAAUCUAAUAACUUCCAAAUUCAUCGCGCAUUUCUUAGAAGAAGUAUCGAGCUGGCAACAAAAACUAUCAGUUGCUGAUCAAGUGAUUACAGUUUGGUUUGAAGUGCAAAGGACUUGGACGCAUUUGGAGAGUAUAUUUAUGAGUUCUGAAGACAUCCGAAAGCAACUGCCGGACGAUUCAGCGCGAUUUGAUAGAAUUGAUGCUGAAUUUAAAGUGCUAUCAAAAGAUAUGUCAAAGACACCAAAUGUAGUGAAGGGUACAAAUAAAGAAGGCUUAGUCGCAAUCCUAGAUAGCUUGCAAAAAGAUUUGAUUAUAUGCGAGAAAGCUUUAGCGGAAUAUUUAGAAACUAAACGAUUAGCUUUUCCGAGAUUUUAUUUUGUGUCAUCGGCUGACCUUUUAGAUAUUUUAUCGAAUGGUAAUCAAGCUGAUUUAGUUAUACGGCAUCUUACAAAAUUAUUUGAUUCUAUUGCGAAACUAAAAUUUAUUGAAAGUGAAAAGGCUGGUGAAAAAAUGGCUUCCGGAAUGAUAGCCAAGGAUGGUGAGCUUGUUCCAUUUCACGGUCAAUGUGACUGUACUGGCCCCGUGGAAAUAUGGUUGAAUCGAUUACAAGACAUAAUGCGUUCCACCAUACGCCAAUAUUUUGGAGAAGCAAUCGUGUCGUAUGAAGAAAAAUCUCGUGAACAGUGGCUUUUCGAUUUCAUGGCACAAGUCUCUCUAUGCUGUUCACAAAUUUGGUGGACUUCUGAAGUAAAUAUUGCCUUUGGAAGAUUAGAAGAGGGUUACGAUAAUGCCUUAAAGGAUUAUUAUAAAAAGCAAUUAUCCCAACUGAGUACAUUAAUCACGUUACUUAUUGGUGAACUCAGCAAACAAGAUCGACAAAAAAUCAUGACAAUUUGCACUAUUGAUGUCCACUCAAGAGAUGUCGUUAGCAAAUUAAUACAAGGAAAAGUAGAAGCUGGUUCAGCGUUCCAAUGGCAGUCUCAGCUUAGACACAGAUGGGAUGAAAAAGAAAUGCAUUGUUUUGCAAAUAUUUGCGAUGCUCAGUUCAGGUAUAGCUAUGAGUAUUUGGGAAAUACACCACGACUGGUAAUAACUCCUCUUACUGAUCGAUGCUACAUUACAUUGACACAGUCUUUGCAUUUGAUCAUGGGAGGAGGUCCCGCGGGACCAGCUGGUACGGGGAAAACGGAGACUACUAAAGAUCUGGGUAGAGCUUUGGGUAUAAUGGUGUACGUAUUUAAUUGUUCGGAGCAAAUGGAUUAUCAGUCUUGUGGCAAUAUUUACAAAGGCUUAGCACAAACCGGCGCUUGGGGAUGUUUUGAUGAAUUUAACAGGAUUUCUGUUGAAGUACUUUCGGUUGUGGCUGUUCAAGUCAAAUCUGUUCAAGACGCUAUAAGAGAUAAAAAAGAAAAAUUUAAUUUCAUGGGCGAGAUUAUUGUAUUGGUGCCUACAGUGGGUAUAUUCAUUACUAUGAACCCGGGUUACGCGGGUAGGACGGAAUUACCUGAAAAUUUGAAAGCUCUAUUCAGGCCGUGUGCGAUGGUUGUACCGGAUUUUGAAUUAAUUUGUGAAAUUAUGUUGGUAGCGGAAGGAUUUCAAGAUGCAAAGAUUUUAGCAAGAAAAUUUAUAACUUUAUAUACUCUAUGCAAAGAAUUAUUGUCUAAACAAGAUCAUUAUGAUUGGGGAUUAAGAGCCAUUAAAUCCGUUUUAGUUGUUGCUGGUUCAUUAAAGAGAGGUGAUCCUGGCAGACCAGAAGAGGAAGUGUUAAUGAGAACUUUACGUGACUUUAACAUACCAAAAAUAGUAACAGAUGAUAUGCCUGUGUUUAUGGGUUUGAUCGGUGAUUUGUUUCCUGCUCUAGAAGUGCCGAGAAAACGAGAUUUGGAAUUCGAAAGAACUGUCAAACAAGCUGCUAUGGAUCUUCUCUUACAGCCAGAAGAUAAUUUUAUUCUAAAAGUUGUCCAAUUAGAAGAAUUACUUGAAGUGCGCCACUCAGUGUUUAUAGUAGGUAAUGCUGGUACAGGAAAAACUCAAGUUUGGAAAACCCUUUUUAAAACUUAUCAAAACAUGAAAAAGAAGCCCAUAUAUAAUGAUUUAAAUCCCAAAGCAGUAACUAACGAUGAAUUAUUUGGCAUUAUUAAUCCUGCAACAAGAGAAUGGAAGGAUGGGUUGUUUUCAGUAAUCAUGAGAGAUCAAGCAAAUAUUGUUGGCGAAAAUCCAAAAUGGAUUCUUUUAGAUGGUGAUAUUGAUCCUAUGUGGAUUGAGUCUCUAAAUACUGUGAUGGAUGACAAUAAAAUAUUGACUUUAGCAAGUAACGAAAGAAUAGCACUUACACCGAGUAUGAGAUUGAUGUUUGAAAUUUCUAAUUUACGUACUGCGACUCCUGCUACUGUAUCUAGAGCUGGUAUUUUAUAUAUUAAUCCACAAGAUUUAGGGUGGAAUCCUUAUGUAACGAGUUGGGUUGAAACUAGAAAAAUACCAGCAGAGAAAUCGAAUUUAGUCAUUCUCUUCGACAAGUACAUACCUCCUUGCUUAGAAAAUAUUAGAAACAGAUUCAAGAAAAUAACACCAAUAGCAGAUAUGGCUCAUAUACAAAUGCUUUGUCAUUUGCUCAGUUGUUUAUUGGUCCCCGAGAAUACGCCCCCUGACUGUCCGAAAGACUGGCAUGACAUUUUUUUUGUAUUUGCCUGUGUUUGGGCGUUCGGAUCUGCCAUGUUUCAAGAUACUAAUGUGGAUUAUAGGAUUGAAUUUUCAAAAUGGUGGCUCAAUGAGUUUAAAUAUGUCAAAUUUCCAACGGGAGGAACAGUAUUUGACUAUUAUAUUGAUCCUGAAACUAAACAAUUUACGCCAUGGACUGAAAAGAUAACUAAAUUCGAGUUGGACAGUGACAUUCCGCUACAAGCUGUACUUGUACCUACGGCUGAAACAAUUAGAGUAAGAUUUUUCUUAGAUUUACUAAUGAAAAAUAAACAUCCAGUUAUGUUAGUCGGUAGUGCUGGUUGUGGGAAAACUGUACUUGUGAAUGAAAAACUUCAAAGUUUAUCAGAAAACUAUGCGAUUCAAUCGGUUCCCUUUAACUUUUACACAACGUCGGAAAUGUUGCAAAAGAUUUUGGAAAAACCAUUAGAAAAGAAGGCUGGUCGCAAUUAUGGUCCGCCUGGAAAUAAAACGCUUAUAUAUUUCAUAGAUGACAUGAAUAUGCCCGAGGUAGAUCCUUAUGGAACUGUCCAGCCUCAUACAAUUAUUCGGCAACAUUUAGAUUAUAAUCAUUGGUACGAUCGAACUAAAUUGACUCUAAAAGACAUACACAAUACGCAAUACGUGUCAUGUAUGAACCCCACAUCUGGCAGUUUCACAAUAAAUCCAAGAUUGCAAAGACAUUUUUGUGUGUUUGCAAUAAGUUUCCCAAAUACAGAUGCUUUGAACAAUAUCUACCAUUCAAUCUUGAGUCAGCAUUUGGUCAACCCGGAACUAAGGAUUGGCGCACAAAUUGCAAAGAUCUCGAAAAAUGUAGUCACAGCUACAAUAGCCCUACAUAAUAAAGUUUCGCAAGUGUUUUUGCCGACUGCCAUCAAGUUCCAUUACAUUUUUAAUUUAAGAGAUUUGUCCAAUGUAUUUCAGGGUUUCUUAUUUAGUACAAAUGAAUGUUUAGUGUAUCCAUCUGAUUUGAUACGUCUUUGGCUUCACGAAACUCACAGAGUCUAUGGCGAUAAGCUGACUGAAGAUAAGGAUAUUGAUGCUUUUCUGAAAAUGCAAGUUGAUCUUUGCAAGAAAAAUUUUGAGGAUAUUGAUGAAGGGGCGGUAUUUGAGCGGCCGAACAUUUACUGUCAUUUUGCUGGAGGUAUCGGUGAACCUAAGUACAUGCCGGUAGCUAGCUGGGAGCAGUUAAACAAACUAUUGACUGAAGCGCUGUCCAGUUAUAAUGAUCUUAUUGCUGCUAUGAAUCUCGUGCUAUUUGAAGAUGCUAUGAUGCAUAUAUGCAGGAUAAGUCGUAUCUUAGAAAGUCCAAGAGGCAGUGCUUUACUAGUAGGCGUGGGGGGUUCUGGUAAACAAUCGUUAUCCCGGCUGGCAGCUUUUAUAUCGAGUUUAGAAGUGGCACAGAUACAAUUAAAAAAAGGAUAUGGAGUUGGUGAUCUAAAGCACGAACUUUCUGGUCUUUACAUUAAAACUGGUCUUAAGAAUGUUGGAAUAAUGUUUCUUAUGACGGAUGCACAAGUGGCCAAUGAACAGUUUUUAGUAUUGAUUAAUGACUUGCUAGCGUCUGGCGAAGUUGGAGAUCUCUUCCCUGACGAUGAUAUAGAAAAUAUCAUCGCUGGUGUAAGAAAUGAGGUUAAAGGGGCAGGUUUGCCUGACACUAGAGAAAUUUGUUGGAAAUUCUUCAUAGAUCGUGUUCGUAAACAAUUAAAAGUUGUUUUAUGUUUCUCCCCUGUUGGAUCGACUCUUCGAGUGAGAUCUAGAAAGUUCCCGGCUUUAAUCAACUGUACGUCCAUUAACUGGUUUCACGAAUGGCCUCAGGAAGCCUUAGUUUCAGUUUCAAUGAGAUUUUUGGAAGAACUACUUGUGUUGCCCAUCACUCUGCGUGAUUCAGUAUCCAGAUUUAUGGCCUACGUACAUACAUCAGUUAACACAAUAUCAAAGGCAUAUUUAGCAAAUGAAAGAAGAUAUAAUUACACUACACCCAAAAGUUAUUUGGAACAAAUAAGCUUAUAUGCAAAAUUGGUUAAUCAGAAGACUGAUGAGUUACGCGCUAAAAUCGUUAGAUUGGAAAAUGGUUUAGAGAAGUUAAGAGGCACAGCAUCCCAAGUAGAUGAACUUAAAGCGAAGUUGGCAUUACAAGAAAUAGAGUUACAACAGAAGAAUGAAGCAGCUGACAAGCUUAUUGAAAUGGUUGGAGUUGAGACUGCUAAAGUACAAAGCGAAAAAGCGUUAGCCGAUGAGGAAGAAGAAAAAGUAGCAGUUAUAGCUGAAGAAGUAUCAAAAAAGCAGAAGGACUGUGAGGAAGAUUUAAUUAAAGCAGAGCCAGCACUAGUCGCCGCUCAGGAGGCGUUGAACACUUUAAAUAAAGCUAAUCUGACAGAGUUAAAGUCGUUCGGAUCUCCUCCCGGGGCCGUGACCAAUGUGACUGCCGCCGUCAUGGUGUUGUUGGCGCCCGGUGGCAAGAUACCCAAGGAUAGAAGUUGGAAAUCUGCUAAAAUGACGAUGGCCAAAGUGGAUGUAUUUUUGGAGGCUCUUAUUAAUUACGAUAAAGAAAAUAUUCAUCCGGAUGUCAUCAAAGCUAUACAACCUUAUCUGAAGGAUUCGGAGUUUGAACCAGGUAAUUUUGAUUUUUUUUCGUUGGUUUAUUUAUCGUUGUUUACGUUU